GAGCGCACCUUCAAUAUUUGACUCCUCGAUUGCUUCCCCUUAAACCCUAGCUCUCUCCUGAUCAAUCUCUUUCGCUCUCGCCGUUUCUCUUGCUGGUUCGGAAUUUCGGAGUGAGUUUCUCAAGCAAGCCAGGCUUUGUCAUUCCUUCCAGGUUGUCCUCAAUUGUGAAAAGUUGAUUUCAGAUCAUGGCUGAAAGACCAAGAUCCGAUACAUGUGAAAAUGAGAGAGUUGAAUGUUGGAGCGAUCUCCCAGCUGAGUUGUUACAGAGCAUUGUAAAGCGGCUUGAUGCCAAAGUUGAUGUUUCUAGAUCCCGUGCUGUUUGUAAAUCAUGGCGGUUCUCUAUUUCUCCUCUGAAUGGGAAUUCUCCACCUAUCAAAGUACAUUUCAGUUAUACUAUCCGGAGAAGAGAACGUCGUAUUAAGAAGACAAUCUUGCCUCUGAGGAUGAGGGUAGUCUAUCAUGUGGCACCUCAAUCUCCUGCUUCAAAUUCAAGGGGUUGGUUGGUUAAGGUCACAGAAAGUGAAAAGACAUGGCAGAAACCUCUUAUCAUGUUACAUCCUCUUUCUGGAUCCCCAUUCCCGAAAGGCCCGGUUCCUAACCCAUUAUUACCAAAGGAACUGAACUUAAAUGAUUUUCGGGUAUCUGAGUUGUCGAAAACUUAUCACUCUCCCUGCGCUUAUCAGUUGGCAGUGUCCUUGAAUUCUGAUUUUCCUGCACUUAUGAUGAUUGGUGGUGGAAAAUUGUACCACUGCAAAUUAGGUGUUGAUGGUGAAAUUCCAAAGUGCAAGGAAAUUAAAAGUCUAACCUCCUCAGUCAACUAUGGAGAUGUUAUUUGCCAUGAGGGGAAGUUCUAUGUUGUCUCCCUUGAUGGGAGAACUAUAGUGGUUGAUUCUUCUUUGACAGCUAAGAUGAUUGCGACCCCGAUAAGUGCUCCUGUGAUUCGGAGAAAUAUUCCUAUUGGCAUCGGCAAGAGAUAUUUGGUGGAGUCAUUUGGAGAACUACUUUUAGUUAUAUAUCUGGCCAGUACGACAGAAUGUAGGCAUCUCUCAGAAGUUGGUGUUGCAUUCGAGAUUUUCAAGUUGAAUGCAGAUGAGAAACAAUGGGUCGAGAUGACGACUUUGGAUGACCGGAUAUUGUUUGUGGGUGAAGACAGCCGCUUCUCUGUGCUUGCUCGAGACUUUCCUGGUUGCAAAGGGAACUGUAUUUAUUUCUAUGAUCCUUGCCCAGUAAAUUGUAAGUAUCAUCAUAUGCCACAAAGAUUCAGCAACAUUGGAGUGUUCGACAUUGGUAGUGGUAGCAAUGCCAGUGGUUUACCUCGGUUGCGUUUUCUUGAUGAUGGUGGUGAUGGUGCAAAUAUCUUUUGCCUACCCCCAGAAUUUGCCUUGGCAUGAUCAAUGUGAAGCUAGCUGGAUGGCUUAGAGUUUUUGACAAAUCGAACUCUGAAAUGUUACUGAUUAUAGACCUAUUACCUAUAUAUAAAUUUUUCUUACGUUUUAUUUUAUGAACUGCUAUUUACGAAUCUUUGUAACUAUUUCGUAGGUUAUACUUGAUAUUCUUGACCUCUGAGGAUUAUGAACAUACUACUGUAUUCUC